UUCCCACACCUCCUUUUGGUUUCCUUGGAGACCCACCUGACCUUCUCCACUCUCCUCCCCUGCUCCCUGUCAAGCUAGUACACCUCUCAGUGCAAAGAUUCAACCUGCUGCAGUUCUUCUUGCUGCCGCAGCGCUCCCGCACAGAGGUUUGCUCCUUCUCUUGUCGGCAGGCUCGGUUCCUGGUUGCAUUCCGCAGCGGUUACCUCAAUCUGCUCCCCCGCCAGAUUCGAUUGAUGUGGUGUGCUCUUGGAGCCAGGGGCUCUAAUUCGGCAGCUGUUUCCCCGUGCUCCGAUCCCCGACUUUGAUGAGGCUCUCCCAUUGUGAGAGCCACUGCGCCGGGCCCUUCCGCUUCAUCCCCUGCCUCCCCAAAUCCAAAGAUGCGAGCCGCGACGCUGCCUCUGCGCCGGCGCCGCGCUCGGCCGCCGUGGCCGAGGAGGAGCCGCCUCCGGUUGAGAAGAUAGAGGCGCCGGUACCCGGAAAGGAAGACGACGAAGAGGAGGCUCAGAAGCACGAGGAUGGUGAGAAGGCAGCGCCGCCGCCGAAGAAGAGUUGCCUGAAGAAGGCCAAUUGCGGCGAUGAUAAGUGUGCCGCCAAAUGCAAUGUGCAGUGGCUGGAUUUGCUCGGGGAGGAUCUGACAGAGGUUAAGGAAUACGAGCCAAGCGAACGUGGAGACUUGCUUGACGACGGAGACGGCAUCUCGACAUGUGUUUGCGUUAUCCAAUGAGUCAUGAAGAAUCCUGUAAAUUCUGUGAGAAAAAAAGGGUGGUUCGAAUCGGCCAUGUGUGUUCUUUCCAGUGGAGGGCCAGGGUGUUUUGUUGCUUCCUCCAUGAGCUCCAUCGAAGAUGCCCAACCAGAACCAGUCGUGUGUAGUUGUCAAAGGAAAAAAAAAAAGAACCAGUCGUGUGUAAACCAGUCUCAACUCUCAACAGUACAUGCAUUAGAUGCUGCGUAGCCUAGCCAUAGGUUGGUGUCAGUUUAUCAGGAUUGUGUUCGGGUCUGGGCAGCUGGUUUUUCAGUGGUACAUUGGUUGUCUAGUGCAGGCAGAAUGUUGCCUUUUGUAAAGCUUUUAUACUAAUAGAAAAUUAGCUUAGUACUACAAUCUCAUCAUGUGGUAUACAAUGAGAAAAGUUGACAUG